AUGACCAACAUGAGCUGGAGUUUCCUGACGAGGCUGCUGGAGGAGAUCCACAACCACUCCACCUUCGUGGGCAAGGUGUGGCUCACAGUGCUCAUUGUCUUUCGCAUCGUGCUCACAGCGGUGGGUGGUGAGUCCAUCUACUCGGACGAGCAGAGCAAGUUCACGUGCAACACCCGGCAGCCAGGCUGCGACAACGUCUGUUACGACGCCUUCGCCCCACUGUCCCACGUGCGCUUCUGGGUCUUUCAGAUCGUGGUCAUCUCCACACCCUCCGUCAUGUACCUGGGCUACGCCAUCCACCGCCUGGCACGGGCCUCAGAGGAGGAGCGGCGCCGCGCGCUCCGCCGCCGCCACCACGGCCGCCUGCCCUGUCCCCGCCGCCCGUUGCCGCCCCCACACCCGGGCUGGCCCGAGCCCUCAGAUCUGGGCGAGGAGGAGCCCAUGUUGGCCCUGGGCGAUGAAGAGGAGCUGGAGGCAGCCGAGGGCCUGGGCGAGGAGGAAGAAGAGGAGGUAGCGAUGGCCGCCAAGGGGGCCAAUGUGGACAGCAAAGCCGCUGCUGGUGCCCCAAGCCCCGCUGUCAAGCACGAUGGGCGGCGGCGCAUCCAGCGUGAGGGCCUGAUGCGCGCUUACGUAGCGCAGCUGCUGGCGCGGGCGGUCUUCGAGGUAGCCUUCCUGGUGGGCCAGUACUUUCUGUAUGGCUUCGAGGUGCGGCCUUUCUUCCGCUGCAGCCGCCAGCCCUGCCCACACAUGGUCGACUGCUUCGUGUCGCGGCCCACCGAGAAGACAGUCUUCUUGCUGGUUAUGUACGUGGUCAGCUGCCUCUGCCUGCUGCUUAACCUCUGCGAGAUGGCGCACCUGGCGCCGCCGCCCUGUGCCUUCGCGCCCGCUGCGCCUGGCCCAGCAGGCCCGCCCGACUACAGCCUGGUGGUGCGCGCGGCCGAGCGCGCGCGCGCCCAUGACCAGAACCUGGCCAACCUGGCGCUGCAGGCUCUGCGUGAGCGCGGCCGCCACAGCCCGCCCUCGCCCGAUCUCGCCGCCGCCGCGCGGGUAGUUCCCCGGGCCGCCGGCCUAGCAGCCUCCUCCCGGACUGGCAGCGCUACCUCGGGGGGCACUGUCGGGGAGCCUAUCCGUCCGGGAGGGGCCUCCGAGAGGCAAGGCGCCAAACCCAAGGCCGGUUCGGAACCAGGCAGCGCCAGCAGCAGAGACGGGAAGACUACUGUGUGGAUCUGA